CAGAACAGACUACAUCUCCAUCUGCUGUUGAGUUUCUAGAAAGAUCAGCUUCAGUCACAGACUGUAUUAUUGUGCAAUGUGACGCCCACCGAUGAGGUUUAUAUACACACUGGACUUUGAUCCUGACACUAAAAUAUGAUGGAGUCAAACCUGAAGAGAAUGAAGCUGUCUCACAUGAUCCUCAUACUGCUCGCUAUACCAGCAUGCUCUGGGCUUCCAUCAGUGUUCCUCAGUAAGUCUGAGGCCAGUCAAGCAUUGACACAUCGGGUUAGGCGAGCAAACUCGUUCCUGGAGGAGCUGAAGCUGGGAAAUCUGGAGAGAGAGUGUCUGGAGGAGGUCUGCUCAUAUGAGGAGGCACGAGAGAUCUUCACUGUUCCUGAACAACUGGAAAACUUCUGGAGAAAAUAUACAGAGACGGAUCAUUGUCAGUCAGGACCAUGUCAGAACGGCGCCACAUGUGAAAAUCAGGUGAACACGUAUAUCUGUAUCUGUCCAGUGAAGUUUGAAGGACGAAACUGUGACAAAGAAAGGUUUUUGCCUAGUUUCCAGAGUUGUUUGGACAGGAACGGUGGCUGUGAGCACUUCUGUGUAGAAAUCAAUAAUGUGAUUCAUCGGUGUGAUUGUGCAGCUGGAUACAAACUACAAACAGACAACAGCAGCUGUGUACCUAACGGUGAUUUCACGUGUGGUAGGCUGGUGCACAGGAGUGCAGGUCCCAGGAUUGUCAAAGGUGAAGUGUGUCCGAAAGGAGAGUGUCCAUGGCAGGCUUUACUAGAGUACAGAGGACAGUAUAAAUGUGGAGGUGUUAUUGUAAAUUCUCAAUGGAUACUCACUGCAGCUCACUGUGUUUGGGCGAAGGAUCCGACCCUCUUACAAGUGACAGUCGGUGAACACAUCCGUUUUAAAGACGAGAAAACAGAACAGACGAGGAAAGUGUCUGAGAUUGUCAUCCACCCACAGUACAACCAGACCAGCUCUGACAGCGACAUCGCCCUACUGCGUCUGCUCAGCUCCGUCACUCUCAACGCCUUCGCUCUUCCCAUAUGCCUUGUACCCGUGAACGGUACGUUUGGCCGCACUAUCGGGAUGAUUCGCAUGUCCACUGUCAGCGGCUGGGGUCGUCUGUCGCAGUCAGGGCCCGAGUCCACGAUUCUUCAGAGGCUGGAGGUGCAGAGGGUUUCAUUAGAUGACUGUCGGGCCCAAUCAGGUCUGAAGGUGACCAAGAACAUGCUGUGUGCCGGCUUCAUCGAGGGAGAGCGAGACGCCUGCCAGGGCGACAGCGGAGGACCGCUGGUUACCCGCUAUAAAAACACAUGGUUUUUGACGGGAAUUGUGAGUUGGGGUAAAGGUUGUGCACGCUCGAAUGUCUACGGCAUCUACACGAGGGUGUCUGUCUUUGUGGAAUGGAUUAUGAAGACUAUAGACACCGCAUGAAUUAAUGAGCUUGUAGAAUGAAUGUCAAUAAUGGUGAAGUGUGUCUUUUGUUUUAUCUUAAAAUACUUUCACUGUUCUGCUGAAUGAUGAAAAGUUCAUUAAAAUAAUCUGAAUUACAUUUUUUUACUAGGCUUAAAUUGCUCUGUUAUUUUCUGUAUACUUUCUGUGUUUCAUACAGAUAUGAAUCAUGCCUAUAUACUUUAAAAACCUGUAAAAAUAGAAUGAAUAAAAGGUGGUACUGCUGCAGGAGCAUUGUUAAUAUAUAAAAGUCGUCCAUAUCACUCGUGCACUACAUUUCAGUUCUUCUGAAGCCAUGCGAUGGUGUUGUGUGAGGAACUGACUGAAAUGUAAGUGUUAAAACACCCCUUCACCCAUGUGAAUCUGCCAAUAAACAAGACAGAUGAGACGAAAGUGUG